AUGGAAGUUGAAGUCCUUGCACUAUUGGAUGGUCUACUUCUUGUGAAGGAUUAUGGGUUAGAAGUCUAUCCUUUGAUCAUAGAAACAGAUACUCAGGUUCUUGUGGACUUGAUCAAACAGAAUGAUAAAUGGUCUUGGAAAUUUUGGGCUCUUUCUCAGAAGAUUUUUUCUAUUCUGCAAAUUUUGAUUAUCGAAUACAGCAUACUUAUAGAGAAGGGAAUGCAAUUGCAGACUCUUUGGCCAAUCAAGGAGUCUGCAACAAUGCUUCUCAUAUUCACUCCUAUCCUAAUUCCCUUCAUCUACAUAUGCGACAACUACUACUACAGGAUCAGAGACAGAUUAAAUCUUUGCACUCUAAGGUUGAAGUCAUCAACUAGGUGUUUUAUGAUGCAACAUACAGAUAUGCAUGUCAGGUUCAUUAAGGCAGAUCAGAAUUAUGUCUCAAUAUGUUUCAGAAAUGCAUGCACAUCCAUCAAAAUCUCAAACAAGCAAUACAGUCUGUUUAUACAGUCCAGUCUUAUACAUGAUAUUCUCUCCAGAAGUAAAGACGAUCAAGAAGUAAAAAAUAUAGUAGGCACCUGGUUACCUCAGGAUGUAAUUGGAUUUUGGUAUUAUUGGGGUAGUAACUUGACAAAGUUUAUGGGCUCUGUUUGCUCUGCUGAGGCUGCUAUAAUUCCCUUAAUCUCUGUUCUAUGGCUCAAAGGUUCUCAAUUGUCUGUUCAUGGAGAUUUUUUGGUGUCUCCAUCUGGUUGUUCAUCUUGCCUCUUGGCUUUCUCUCUUAAUACUCUGAAGCAACCAAAGACUACUGAUGCUUCCGACUGUUGGGGUUCUUGCUCUUCAGAUCUAUGGGCUAUAUAUUCUACAAUGGUCUUUGCCGCUGCUUCAUCUNGACUCUGA